CUUUUUUGGUUUUCUAAGCCUUUCGCUCCUUUUUCCUCUCUUUCAUUUUCUACUGUUCUCUCCCUCCAGUUUCUCUCUCUCUCUCUCCUUCUCUCUCGCCGGUGAAUCUCCUUUUUCCUCUCGCCGGAAAAGUGCUCGCCGUUUCCGACCGCCGCCGUCUCCGACCUUAGGAGAUUCUCUCUUUAUUGCUGCUUGCGUGUUCUUGUCGCUUUCCUCUGAUUCCGCUCCGGAACCUCUGGAUCUCUGAAUCUGACUGCGGUUCUUCUUCCUCUUCGUCUCUUUCGAGAAUGUGGUCCGACUUCUCCUCCUUUCGCUCUCGCGCUUGACGGCUCCUGCGUGUACCGUGAUCUAGGGUUUCGGUUUCUGGAUUUUUGAUUUGUUUUUACUUUUUGCUCUGCGGUGGUGUUGUUUCGGCGAAGCGAACAAAGACGGAGGCGUGUAAGAAUAAGACGCUGUUUCGGGAUGAGAUGGUGGAGGGAAGAAUAUGUUCAUCGAGAGAGGAUAGAAAUGGGUUAGCUCUUCUGAAGCUUAAGAGGCUUCAGCCAACAAAUUCUGAAACUGCCAACAAAACUUCAACUGUCAAGAAUAUGAUGAACAGAAGUGGAGGUGAUGCUUUAAGGGCCUCAACUCCUUGUGGUGUGAGAUUACUUGGUGGCAAUGCAGAAACCUUUUCUCGUUCAAGUGGCAUGUCACAUGAGAGGGAUGUCUUUUCAAAAAGGAGAGUAGACAAGUUUGAAUAUGAUGAUUUAGAGUGGACGAAGAAGAUUCCAGAAUGCCCCGUGUAUUCUCCCUCAAAGGAGGAAUUUGAGGAUCCUUUGGUCUAUUUGCAAAAGAUAGCUCCUGAAGCCUCAAAAUAUGGCAUAUGCAAGAUUGUUUCCCCACUGAUUGCUUCUGUUACUGCUGGGGCUGUAUUAAUGAAGGAGAAACCAGGGUUCAAGUUUACAACGAGAGUGCAACCUUUUCGUUUUGCUGAAUGGGAUACUGAUGAUCAGGUUACCUUUUACAUGAGUGGAAGGAACUAUACAUUUCGCGAUUUUGAAAAAAUUGCAAACAAGAUAUAUGCUCGUAGAUAUAGUAGUUCUGGAUGUCUACCUGCGUCAUAUAUGGAAAAGGAAUUUUGGCGUGAAAUUGCUUGUGGGAAGACAGAAAGUGUUGAAUAUGCUUGCGAUGUUGAUGGUAGUGCGUUUUCGUCUUCUCCAUCUGAUGAGCUUGGAACAAGUAAAUGGAAUUUGAAGAACCUUUCACGGCUACCCAAGUCCAUAUUGCGCCUUUUGGAAAAUCCAAUACCGGGAGUAACGGACCCCAUGCUUUAUAUUGGAAUGCUGUUUAGUAUGUUUGCUUGGCAUGUGGAGGAUCAUUAUCUAUACAGUAUUAAUUAUCAUCAUUGUGGGGCAUCUAAAACUUGGUAUGGCAUUCCUGGUCAAGCAGCUUUGCAGUUUGAAAAUGUGGUCAGGGAGCAUGUGUACACCCGUGAUAUCUUAUCAACUGGUGGAGAGGAUGGAGCAUUUGACGUUCUUCUGGGGAAAACGACGUUGUUUCCACCAAGUAUUUUGUUGGAUCAUAAGGUGCCUGUAUACAGAGCUGUCCAGCAACCUGGAGAGUUUGUAAUUACCUUCCCCAGAGCAUAUCAUGCUGGAUUCAGCCAUGGCUUCAAUUGUGGUGAAGCAGUGAACUUUGCGAUGGGUGAUUGGUUCCCCUUGGGAGCUGUUGCUAGUCAGCGUUAUGCACUUCUAAACAGGAUGCCUCUAAUUCCUCAUGAAGAGCUUCUGUGUAAAGAAGCAAUGCUUCUCUACACAAAUUCAGAAUUUGAAGACCCACAUUAUGCUUCUGCAGAGUUAGCCUCUCAUUAUUCUAUUAAGACUUCUUUUGUAAGUCUGAUUCGCUUCCAGCAUCGCGCCCGAUGGUCAUUGAUGAAAUCAAGAACAUGCACUGGUGUAUCAUCAAAUCUUCAUGGAACCAUCCUAUGCAGCUUAUGCAAACGUGACUGCUAUAUAUCUUAUAUCAACUGCAGUUGUUAUGGACAUCCAGUGUGUCUUCGUCAUGAUAUCAAAUCUCUGAACUUCUCAUGUGGUAGCAACCGCACACUCAUCCUGUGUGAGGAUAUUUUUGAAAUGGAAUCCGCAGCUCAGAAAUUCGAGCAGGAAUGUGGAGGCCAAACUAAUUACGUUGAAGAAUUGUAUUCUUAUCCUCUGUUAAAUUUAUUUAAGGGAGCUGAUUCGGAUGGAUACACUCCUUAUUGCGAAAUAGAAGUGCAGUUAGAUUCCGAAUUUACUGCUGCUGCUGCUGCGAUUUGUCGCUUGGGAGAAAAUGAAUGUGUUUCCAGUAGCCAGCCUACACAAAGUUGUAUCACUGAAAACCAUAGACCUGAACCAUCAGAUCUUUCUCUCUCUUGUGAAGCGUCAACUCUUUGUUCGGUUGUAGACUAUAAUGAAACAUUGUCCACUACUAGCCAUGUACCAAGAAAUUCAAGUUUUGAGCACUCUUCUGAUAUUUCUAACCGUGUACUUGAGCCAUCACGUAAUAAUUGCUCGAGUUCAUCUCUAGGCAGUGUACGUGCAUCGGAGCUAACCACUUUAGUAGAUCGAGAAAGUGAUGAUUCUGAUGCAGAAAUUUUUAGGGUCAAGCGUCGCCCGCUGAAGCUGGAUAAAAAGACCGGGAGUGAUGCCACGUCUUUAAAGCAGUUUGCUGGCCAGCAGGAUGGCCGCAAAAGAUUGAAGAGAAUCCAAACAAAUGGGAACUCUGAGCACCUAAAGCCAUUGGAUUGCCAUGGAACCGACAAAUCACGUUAUAAAUUCUACCCUUCUACUGCUCAUAAAGACUCUGCAGAAAGUGAUGCAAUUGAAAAGUGUGGCAGAGGAAGUAUCAAGUGCCAGAGAUUCAGCAACGAGAAACUAAUGAAUAGACAGCGCGCCUACGAACUCAACAACCGCAGAAGGGAACGGUUUCAGCAUGAUAUGGCGAAGCCCAAAAGGGUUCAUCAUCCACAUCCCUCUAUGGAAAUUGGGCCUAAGCGUCUCAAAAUCAGAGGCCCAACAUUCAGUGGCCCAAUACCAGAUCAUAUUGAUUCCAAAUGGGCCUAAACUGGGCUGUGGUGACCUUGCCUCUCUCUCUUUCUCUCUCUCUCUGUACAGCAGCAUAUCAUAGAGCCUGACUUUGCUAAUCUUAUUCUUCACUAAUGGGGGGGUCUAACAACACACCAUGGAAAAGCCAUAAUAGAUGAUUUGAUGAUGAACUUCUGGGAGCAGUGAUACAACAUUUAACCUAGAUUGCAACAUUUUAACAUUCUUUGUGCAGGCCUUAAAAAAUCGAGGCCAUUCGCACACACGGGUGGUGAUGAUGAUUCAGAUUCUUCAAGGCAACCCAAGUCGGUACUGGGCCAUUUAUCCCGCCGUCCUGGGACAACCUUUGCUGCAGUUCUCUGCUUUAAGCAGGUAGAUGGUUUAGUCAAUUUGAUGUUUAGUUCCUAUUUUUCUUCUCACUUCCAUUUUUGUGAGGUAAGUGGGGAUUCCCACAUACUUCAUUUGAAAAAAAGAAAAAAAGAAAGAAAGAAAGAAAGAUAUAUAGCUCUUGCUGCUUCCAUUUUCACGUUCUUUAUUCUUUCUGUAGCAAUGGGUACAUGUACUACCUUGGACUACUUGAAUAAAAUACAAAGAAGUUUCUUCUUUGUCACUUGUAGGUAACAACACUUAGAAUCUAGACACGAACAGCUAGGUUUCUUCUUUGCUUAAUCCAUUUGAAUUGGUAAAGAAUGUGAAGAAUAUUAACUGUUAUUUGAAAUGAUGCAGAGAGACGCAAUUUUUUUGGGUCUCAUAUAUAUAUAUAUAUUCUUGUGGGGGCAAAAGGCAAAGCGCUAUGCUGCUGCUCCCAGUCCCAGGUAAAA